UCUUCUCAGCCAUCUUAGUCAGAAAUUCCUGCUUCAGAGGCAAAGGUGGGCACGAGGUUUUUACUUCAGAUUUCCAGCAAGUAUCAAAAAGAAGAAAACAUUCUGAAGAAUCAAGUUUUCUGUCAUCUAAGUCACAUCUGUCUUAACAAGAAAAAGGAAAAAUGAAGCACAAGAUCAAUCUAUCUGAAAACAUCAGUGAUACAGCAAGAAAUAAUUCGGACUGUCCUUAUAUGCCUAUGCCAAAAGAGAUAUUUUUCAUAAUCUCCAUCUUCGGGGUUUUGGAGAAUAUGCUUGUCCUCCUGGCUGUUAUCAGGAAUAAGAAUCUUCAAGUACCCAUGUACUUUUUCAUUUGUAGCUUGGCCGUUUCAGAUAUGCUGGGCAGCCUGUCUAGGUUCUUAGAAAAUAUCCUGAUGAUGCUCAAAGACUUGGGUCAUUUCAAGUCUUAUGGCAAUUUUGAAACCACAGCAGAUGACAUCAUGGACUCCUUGUUCAUCCUCUCCCUACUUGGUUCCAUCUUCAGCCUAUCUGUGAUUGCCACUGAUCGUUAUAUCACAAUCUUCCAUGCUCUGCAGUACCACAGCAUUGUGACCACGAGACGUGCCAUUGUCACUCUGACAGUCAUCUGGACAUGCUGCACAGGCAGCAGCAUCACCAUAGUCAUUUUCUCCCAUAAGGUCCCCACAGUGAUCACCUUCACAUCAUUGUUCCCACUCAUGUUAGUCUUCAUCCUGUGCCUGUAUGUGCACAUGUUCCUGCUGGCCCGAUCCCAUGCCCAGAAGUUCUCAAUCUCCACCCUUCCCAGAACCAACAUGAAAGGGGCCAUCACUCUGACUAUACUGCUUGGGGUCUUCAUCUUCUGUUGGGCCCCCUUUGUCCUUCAUGUCCUCCUAAUGACAUUCUGCCCACAUAACCCUUACUGUGCCUGCUACAUGUCCCUCUUUGAGGUGAAUGGCAUGUUGAUCAUGUGCAAUGCAGUCAUUGACCCUUUUAUCUAUGCCUUCCGUAGUCCAGAGCUCAGGGAUGCAUUCAAAAAGAUGAUCUUCUGCAACAGGUGCCAGUAGAAUUAUUGCUCUCUGAUUUUAGUAUCCAUGGGUAUAACAUUGUCAAGUGACAGGAUACCCUGGCUUUCCAAUAAAUACUGCUUCCAACUGUCCUUUCCUUCCCUAAAGUAUAUGAGGAUUAUCCUACUAGCAUUUGUAAUAGCUAAGUUCUGUGUGAACAGUCUUCCUGUACAUAUAAUUUUUGUAAGUGAAAGAAAAUAACAUACAUACCUUCCUGGCCUAUGAUGGGGUUAUGUCCCACUUAUUGAAAGUGUCAUAAGUCGAAAAUGCUGACCAGGAUCUGUGACUCACUGCCACUGCCCAGCAUCUCAAGAGGGUAGUAUCAUAUUACCGUUUUCACUAAAUAUGAAUUGCUUUCACAUCACUGUAAAUCAAAAAACCAUAAGUCAAAUAAUUGUAAGUCCAUUUAUACUAAAAGAAAUAGAGAAUAAAAGUACAUAUAGCAAUACUGAUCUGAGACCUUUGGGCUGAUGAAAAACUUCUUUGUACUUUUGCCCAUUUAUCCCUCAAAAAUAAAAAUAUUUCUUUUGAGAUUUGUUGGGACAGAUUUCCCAACUGUGUAUUAUAUAAACAGGUAAACAAUCUUAUAUUGUGACCUAAACUUAUAUUGUGUUCCUUGUUUAGCCAUUAUAGAGUUGGUAAUUCUCUGGCUUAU